CACUAAUAUUCAAACCGGUCUCUUUGAGUUUGAGAUGUAGUUUUUGCCUGACACUAAGUUUAACAAAAAAAAUGGCUGAUAAUACUAAUAUUUCCAUGGAAAUUGUUAAUAAACUGUUUGGAGACAAAAUAAAUAUUAAAAAUCUUACAGACUGGCUUAUCAAUAUUAAACAUUGUGCUCAAUACUACGGAUUAAUCGAAGAAAGUGAAGAAUUAUCACAAUUUCAGUUUAUAGCAUGGUUCUUGAAUGACUUAAGAAUAAAAGCAAGUCAGGUAAUCAGUGAAAGAAAAUACAAGAUAAGUGCCUCUUCACCUGGUACCUCUGCCAACAUAGCCCAACAAGUAGAAUGUUGCAACAGUAGUAAAAAAUGGCCUGUUCCCAAUGGAGCACAAGCUAAAACUUGUGAAGAAGUUUACUUGGAAGAAUUUCCAGGUCUUAUGGAGCUACCAUCCAAAAAAUGUAAUAAAUCUCAUCGGAGAAUAAAACCAACAAGUGUCCAAACCGAUAGUGAGUGCUUUAAUGAAAAACAGUUAUUAGAGCCUGUUAGUAGUAUGGAUUCCUGCUCAGUACCUACUUCAUUUAGUAUUUCUAAGGAAGAAUUACUGAUACAACGAUUUUCAAAAAAAAAAAAAAUCAAAAAAUCUUAUUCACCACUUGAUAUCAGUAUUGCCUUUAAUAAUAAAUGCAAUUUUACAUCUUUUAAUUUUAAUAACUCAAGGUUCAUAAAUAUUGAUAAAUUAGUUAAUGUUUAUAUCACUCUUAUGAAAAAUUACCUAGUCCCGAAUUUAUCUAAUGAAAUACGUUUCAUUUUAAAUUUAUUUGAUCAAUUAACGGAAUGUCGCGCCUCCUUUUCUACUAAACACAAUUCUGGAGAAGACAUUUCAUUUUUAAGUACAGUUGAGGAUUGGGAAUAUUUUUGUGUUCAUGUAAUCCUCCAGUUAGAGAAUAUAAUUUCGAAACUCGAUUCGAAUAUAUUAAAAUUUAUUGUCAACCGGUUGUCAAUGUUUGCUGUGGAAAUACCUGCUUCUUAUACUAGCAAUAAUGCUGAUAUAAUAUUAGGUCAGUCUGGAUUCAGAUUUCAUAGUAGGAUUUUUACUGAGAAUAAAAUGGUGCGAGAUGAUUUUUCUAGUGAAAGUGAAUUCAUUUUAAUUUGUGAGCAAGAAAAAAAAUUUCUUGAAAUUGAAAAAAAUUGGUGUAGUCAUCGAUCUGAUGUUCAACUUGUAGAAGAAAUAAAAAGCUUCCUAGAUGUUAGUUCCCAGACUUUUUGGUUUUAUUUCCUUGGAAAAAAAUUUGUAUGCUGUUUAAUCAUGAAGAUCGAGGAUCAAAUAUUUAAUGGAUCUGAUUGUGAACAAAAAUUGGCCCAGUUGAACAAUAGACUUACUAAACCAUCACAGGUCAAUGAACAUGAGCCAGAAAUUUCAUUCCAAUCAAAUGAGCUAUUUUUUAAAGUAUGGUUGGAUUAUUGUUUGUUAAAAUGCCCUUUAUUUAUUCAUUAUGCAAAAUAUUGGCUGAUAUAUGCUCUUUCUGCUCUGACUAAAGAUACUUACAAAGAACUAGUUGACUCACUUUGCCCAGAUAAAAGAAAUACCCAUUUAUGGACUCUUAAAGUCAAAAUUAUUUUAGCAAAGUUUUUAGGGUAUACAGAGUUCUAUUUUAAUCGACAUAAUUGUAAAUUAAAUGGAAAUGAGAGAAAACAGUUAAUCAGCGUUCAAUCAGAGAUUCUACCUCCUUUUGACAUCAAGAAAUUUUUGUUAGAAGCAGUAAAAAAUGGAAUUUUAGUCUUAACGGUUCCAUGGAUUGUAGAGUUCUUGUGUAUGGCAGAUAAUAUAAGUGCUCUUGUACCCCACUACUAUGAUAUUUUAUUUAUGUUAACGACCUUGUAUUUAUCAUAUUCUACAAGACAAAAUAAAGAUGGAUUAAAAGGAUCAAGUUUCAAAAAAGAACUGUUAAAAACUUCAAUUUUAAUUCCACAAGGGUCAUUAAGUGAUGAAAAGACUUCAAAUAUUGAAGGAAUCACCAUUUUUCUUAAUGAAUCUUCUUUUAUAUUUAUGCUAGUAUGGAUUGGAAGACUUUUUGAUAACAAAGUUUUGGGAGAAUCACUGUUCUUUGAUAAUGCCGUUUUAUAUAAAGAUAAAAUAUCCCAAGCAAAAUUUAAAAGUGGACAAGUAAAUUGGAAAACUACUUUAGAUUGUUCAGAUUUUGUUAAACGGGAUGUAUUUAUAUUUUCUAGUCCUUUCUUCAGUAGAAUGAAAUAUUGGGAAAAUUGUAAUUCAGGUUAUAUCAGAAGCAUACGACCUAUGCCAUUAGAUUCUGAAAAAGUUCAAGGAUCUUCUCCUAACAUUCAGGAUAUGUUGGAAACCAGCUUUCUUAGUCAUCACCAGAGUCUAGCUAAUCUUAUUUCUUUUAUCUCUGAAAGGAUAGCGGAUGUUUGUCAAAGUGAUAUAGCUAUGAUAGUAUCAUCUAAUAAACCAACCAUACAUUGUCCUGUAGAAAUAGUUGAUAUGGAGAAGGGGGAAGGAUCUCUUGAUGACUACCAUUUAAAAUCAGAAAACAACACAUCUUGUGAUUCCUUAGAUCCCAUGAAACCUAAAAUAAUGGAAAUCAUAAAUAAUUGUGAAAUUAAAAUCAAGAAUAGUUUCAGUCUUCUUGCCCCACCAGGCUUAUCAUCAGCUGUAAUUGAAGCUUGUAUAGCAAUUGCUUCUAAACAGUUAAAAAGAAAUGUUAUUAAUUGGCUAGUCAAUGAAGGAUUUAGCUUAGUUGAUGUUGAAGCUACAAUCAUUACAAGUACUAAUUUUGUAAUAGAGAGUUGUGAAAUAGAUGGUAAAAGUAUAAAAAAUGGGGAACCUCUAUGCAGUACUUCUCUAUCAUCAUCCCUUAACGAGAUACAUAGGUUAAUAAGGAGAAUGGAUAAAGAAAAACCUAUUUCACACUCUUUGUAUUCUACAGUUGAAAAAUUCAAGCUUAUAAGUCUACAGUUACAAGAAAUUGAUGAAAAAAAACUAUUAAAAGACCUUUACAUACUUUCUUGGGAUUAUAUCUUACUUUUAGUUUGUAACUAUGAUGAUAUGAUUUGUGAUAUUUUCUUGACACAAAUUGUAAAUUUUUGGAAGGAAAAUCAUUAUGGCAACAAUGAAGAAAGAAUUUUAUGCCCUCGCACAAUUAAACAAGUCUCAGUGAAAUCUGAAGAAUUACAGGCAAUAAUUGCUAAAAAUCUUGCAAGGUUGAUGCUAUUUAACUUGAAGGAUGAAAUGAUUACUCCUGAAAGUUUUGAAACCCAAAAUGUUGCAGUUCUUCGCCAUACUUGGACUAAGGUGGAGCUGUCUUUCAUCAAAAUGUAUAUGGUUACAUUAUGUGAAUACUUAAAAUCUAUAUCUGUUAUAAGUAGUCCACGUUUAUUGAGCAUGUUAGAAUGUGUUAUUGAUUCUGUUGAUGAUAUACUUAGUUUAGAAAGUUAGCCAUAAAUAUUUGUUAUUUUAAUAAAAGAGUUUUAUUUAUUUAUUUAAUGGUUUCCUUAAUUUUAUGUUUUUUGACUGUUUAUCAUUAAGUUUUUACCAUAGAUUAUUUCAAUUAAAAAAAUAAAAAC